CACUCAUAUACGCAAAUCACAUCUGCUAACAAUUUAAAGUAGUAGGAGUUUUCGUCCCUCAGAAAACAAGUGAUCGUCGAUCAACAAUGGCAUCAGUUCGGGCCACGUUGCUGAUGAUGUUCCUGGUGGCGCUCGUGGCGGCCCAGACCCAGGUGGGCGAGGUGCGAGCGCAGAGCUGCCCGAGCCAGAUGGCUAGCCUGAAUGUGUGCGGGCCGUUCGUGGUGCCUGGGUCGAGCAGGAGGCCGAGCUCCGAGUGUUGUGGUGCGCUCCAGGCGGUGGAGCAUGACUGCCUCUGCAGCACUCUUAGGGUCGCCACCAGCCUUCCUUCGGCGUGCCACCUCCCUCCCGUCUCGUGUGAUUGAAAUCGAUGAAGACCUCGGUGACUGCUGAUCUGCUGGCUAAUGAGUUGAAUAAUAUAAUGAACUCUUUCCAUUUUCUGUUUAUCUUUGUUUGAUAUUUCCCGGCGUGUUUCCUCUGAAAACUCUGCGGAUGCCUUGUGGACCAGAGGUGGGAUCGCCUACACUUUCAUGAAAUAAAAGAAUUCUGGUUAUCGCUCUUGCGAUUUUAA